AGUACAACGCGACGUAGAAAGAAAGAAAAUACUGCUCUUUUACACUGCGGUGCGAAGGAGAACCAUCGCGAGGUACCUUUGCUCUCUUUCCGUACGUGUUGUGUGCUGCCCCGUGGCAGAUUCAUGCGUUCAACACACACACACACACACACUUCCAGACUCACUUAGAAUAAUAAAGAAAGAAGAUCGACGACGACAAAAAAGAAAGGGGAAGGGCUCUAUAAAUAUCAACGAAUACCGCGCUGUGUACUAUCUGCCGAGCGUAGACACUGCACACACACACACACACACACUCAGUCUGUCGAGUUGAGCUCCUUCUCUGCGGCACGUGCGAGAAGAAGAAAGAAAUACUUACCAUUGUGAACUUAAAGAAGAACAGUAUUGUUGUUGCGGGGGUACCGCAUGCGUUUUGUGUUGUUUCCUUGUCUUUUCUUCUCUUUCCUUCCUUCCUUCUUCCGGGUUGUGCAGCACCGUCACUGGACUGCUGGAGUUACACGCGCUCCAUCGUGACUUUUCGGCUCUUUCUCUUUGACUUUAUUGCUGGCUGUUUUGUAAACCUACGGUUGCGUCUUAACACUUUUCUUCGCUUUUCUCUCGGCCUUUUUUUUGUUUUCCGGUGGAGCUGCUCCCUCGCACUUCUUCCUGCUUUCUUAGAACAUAUAUAUUAUUAUUAUUAAUAUUCUCUCUCUGUCGGUCUGUGCAUCUAUCCAGAACCUCAUCGCAUCUUCUUCUUCAGAGAGUUCUCUUUCUCCAUCUUCGGGGAGUUUCUGUGGGCGGCCCUUCUCCUUGACCGUCGCAGCAGUUCUCCUCUCCUCUCUUUCCUCUUUCUGUUUCCACACCGUCUUAGUCAAGCGUUGCCGCGAACACACGGAGUAUAUGUAUUAGUAUAUGUAAACGUAGGGGAAUUCUCUCUUUUUUUCCUUUUCCUUUUGUAUUGCUUGUACAUGCAGGAGGUUUAUGAUCCGAAUCGGGCCGCCGGCUCCUCAGCAGCUGGGCUACGCGCGCCACACGACUCUGCAAGCGCCAGCGACUAUCACCGCCGCCAUCGCGGCUAUACCGAUGUGGAUGCAGACGAUAGCUAUUACGCAAACGAGUUUCGCAGCGCACGGCGGGACUACUAUAGAAACGAAGACAACGAUCCACACAGCCCCACCUACGAACAACCGCAAGAGCGAAACACAAAAGCUGGUAGUAGUAGCACUGCUGCUGCUGCUGCUGGCACUGCAGUCGGCCAGGGCUAUGGAACCUCUGCAAGUGGCGCAGGACCCGGCAGAGCCGAUGAUGCACAUGCGGGGCCAUCACCAGGCACGAUACGUAAUCCGACCUACCCAUCAGCGGCCGCCGCCCCUCGAGCAGCCAGUGCUACCUAUGCCUACGGCACUACCACCGGUAAAGACCCUCCCCCUCAUGUCCCCGCGAGUAGCGGUGGCGGCACUUACUAUGACAGUUAUCGUAGUAAUCACGGUGAAGGCGCAGACCGCGACGAUGCGGACUGUGGAGGUUGUUGUAGUGGCACGCAUGCAGUUUUUUGCCGGGCCUUUUCCUCUCGCACCAUCGGCGUCGCGCUGAGGAGCUCGACGAGCCAGACGUCGCCUGGGUUUCUGCUGGCCCUGAUCGGUGUCGUAACGGGACUGCUGCUCUUCAUGCCGUGGUCUGCGAAUCCCGUGCACAUUGUGUUUAUGGCGCUUUCCGCCGUGAUCGGGUGCGUCUGCGGACUGCUGUACUGCGCGGCAGAGCGACUGUGGCGACGCCGGCAGUCCCUCAAUGCCGUCCCGUGGAAGACGGUUGCCUACCCCACACCACUGCAGCCGGGUCGUGAUGUAGCGCAUCCGUCUGGUGGUGAAGGAGGUUCCACCCAACACGCACACCGCCGCCGCGGCCUUUUCUCUCGCCUUUGCUGUUGCUGCUGGUCUUCUCCUCCUGCUACUUCCGCCUCUUCCCGCGGCCAAAUAUGGAGUGAACUCGCCGGCGAUGGGGAGGACGGUGCAUGCCGGGGCGGGACCGGCUACAUUACCCGCCAGCACUUCCGCAUUGUGCUGCCCACGGUGCAGCUCUUCCUUCUCGGCGUGCUCGUGCUCGUCUCGCCGCAGGUGAUGGCCACGUGGACGGAAGCAAACACCGCGCGUGCGACGGGGUCGGCGAACGGGAAUGCGAUCAUCGCCGCCCCCGCAAGCCGAGGCGGGUCCCGCUACGGCGCAACGUUGUACCCGGUGGAGGUGGUGUGGAAGGCCUGCCUGCUGCACGCGUGGAUCGGCAUGGGCUUCGCCAUUCCGCUUCUUUGGAUGCUCUUGGUGGGCUUGGCUCACAUGGCAGUUCUGUUAGCGCAGAGCCAGCACACGGGCGCCGGCACGCUGCUGACCUUGGUCGUGUGGAUGUCAGUGCCGGUGGUUUGCUUCCUCUUCCUGACCUGCAUUAAGGGGCCUCGCCGCACCACGUGCUUUACAGCGCACCCGUCCAACACGCUGCAAUACCUCGCAUCGACAGUGGCUGAGCCACCAUCUAUGCAACAUGGAGUCAGGGGAAGCGGCGCCCCACCCAACGGGUACACGAGCAGUGCAGCCGUCUCCUUUUCUUUGAUAGCUGGUGGAGGAGAGGCGCUGCCCCCACCUCCGCCUGCCGCCGCUUACGCGAGUGUGCAACAGCCACAGCUUUCGAACGGGGCACCGCAAGUCGGGGGGUACGCGAGCCUUGUUCGCGGCGGUGUCGGUGACGCCUACGGUGGCUACCCCUCUCCUAACAGCCGACAGCGUUUUCUAUACAGAAAUCGCCCUGGCAUGCGCUACCCAGACGGCUACCACGACGGCAGCAACGGCGGGCAAGCGCUCUUGCAGCAGCGGCCCCCACGCUUUGUGCCACCGCGUCCACUAAGAGGAAUCCCCAACGCGGUGGCCGUCACAAAGAUAGGGCCGGGAGGACACGUCGAGACAGCGCAUGGCAACGGCGCUUUUGCGGCUGGAGAGUCCUUCACGCCGUUGUACUCCCCGCCCUCCUCUUCCCCUGCUCCGCAGGCAACGGUAGCAAGAAAUGGCAGCGCCGAUGGCGGCCGUCCGCGCCUGUUCGCCCCACCGGCGCAUUCUCCGGUAGAAAUGAAAAGCACGGCGAGCGGCAAUGCACCUCCGCGCGUCUACGAUGGUGUGGGAUACCGCCAUGAUGACGACGGCGGCAACGGUGAGGAUGAAGAAGAACGUGGCGUGUUUCGGGAGAGGGACCGGGGUGAUGGCGAAGGUGAUGCUUCGGCCGCGGUGUCCCCCCCGCAGUCCCCUGCACCUCAAGCGAAGAGCGGCAACGCCGCGCCGAGGUCGUCCGACCAGCAGGCGAAUAAAAGCGUUUGUCAUCUGCGUGCUGGUAACCAGCAUCCGCCGUUGCCGGGCGCGACAAAACCCACUACUGGUGAGCGGGGAAUGCCUGCGGUGGACGCCGAGCACACACGUAAUGAACGAAGGGCGCUAGAGACGGAGGCAGCGGUAGAAGGCGGCGUGGGCGGUGUAAACGACGACGACGACGACGGCGAGGAUGCGAUGUACGCGGACAUGCCGGCUGGUGUGUCUCUCGAAGACGCUUGUGCCCCCUACCUCGUUCUCAACUCCGAAUUGGUGAUCGUGGAUGUGAGCCCGCUGCUGUGCCGUCUGCUCGGCACCGACGUUGGCGCGCUCAUGUACCGAUACUUACCCGACACGCUGGCGUGGUUGGAGGUGGUGGAGCAGGAAGGCGUGCUGCAACUUGUGAAGGAGGUACGCGAGGCGGCGCUUGCUGCGAAUGUCGCUGCCAUUAACGCAGCGCAGAAGAAGAAAGGAAAGGCGGCAAAGCAAGAUAGUGCGGAGCCAAAGAAAACGGCCAAUGUGGAGGACGCCAAAGGACCAGCCGGCAUGGAUCCGCAUGUGAGAGGAGAUGCAAAUCGCGUGGCAGAGGGCGCGGUGGUGCGUCGCGUGGUGCUGCGCGGACAUUGCCCGUAUUUCUACGCAGAUGCACACAACGUUGCCGCCGCACCCACGCACGCUGAGCAGAAGGACGCAGAUAGAGGAACAGCACCAGGGAAGGAGAGAAGCGGAGCAGAGGCCGCUGUCUCUGCUGAUGCUGCGGUGGCGACGGCCCCCGUGGCACGAAGUCGCCCCCCGUUUGCUCUGUGCUUUGACACCUGGGCGGAGAUGCUGGCCGGACCGGAUCGUACGCCGCCACCCACCAAAGGUAAAAAGGGCUCCUCGAAGCUUUCCUCGCAAGCAACUGACGUUGGUGGUGGUGGUGGUGCCCCACCCAUGGUCAUCAUCCUCCGCCGGCCGCUCCUCCACGGGCUCUGCGAUGCCCUGCCGCUGCCCUUCGGCCUCGUGCAUCCCAAAACCGGCGAGGUGCUGUGCUGGAAUGUUUGCGCAGCGCGGCUCACCGGCUGCUCCGCGUACGACAUGCUGGGCACCUCCGCGUACAGCAACUUCGUGUACGAGACACCCGCCAUCACGGCCACGACGACCGCGUCCGCCGUUGCCGCGACGGCGGCGUGGCCCAUCGACCUGGACAACGCGCCGCCGUCGUUCAAGAACUUUGCCCUCCCCUCGCCGUCGCUCGCGCACGAGAGCGUGGGGGUGCCGCCACCCUUGGCGGACGUCGCCCCUGGGCCUUCUGCAGGCGGUGAGGUUGCCUCGCAAGGGCACCCCGUUCCUGCCGGUAAAUCAAACCGCGGCGCGGGGCAGGCGCACGAGUCCUUUUCGUUCUCCCUGCAAAAUCGCCAGCACUCAGGACAACAAGGGGAGGCAGAGUCACCGACGGCGGCAGCGCGGCCGCCCCGUCGUGGUGCACCGUUGCUGGGCUUCUUCUACGCCCGAUGCACGCCGGCCGCGGCGGUGAGCACGGCGUACGAAGGCGGCGUGAUGGCCGGUAGCGGGCCUUUUGUUGUGGGUGGCGGAGGGGGAAAUACCGGCCCAACCGCCAACGGUGGUGGUCGCGGCGGGGUUGCCGGGGGCGUAGUUAACCUCUGGGAUCGACAGUCCUUGCCCUCUGCUACUCCCUUCCAGUCGGCGCUGCCCAACGCGGAAGCCGGCGGCAUCUUGCUGAAUGCCUCACGGCCCAACCCCCCACCACCUCCCCCUCCGCCGCCACCACCGCCGCCGUCCCUUCCUCCUUUCAGUAGCACGAAGGAAGGGCGUUCGCGCUCGUUUGGCCCAGACGAGGACGUGAACGUGGACGCGUCAUCCGUCGCCGACACCUGGCACCACGAAGGUGCGGAGAAGGGGCGCGGCCGACCGGCACCGCCGCGUGAAAGCAGUGAGAGCGAGAGGGGGAUCGAGGCAGAGGAGGACGAUGACGACGACGCAGGGGUGUGCGUGGCUGCCCCUGCCCGUGGGGGAUCCCCGGCCCUUCGCGGGAUGCUGUUUCGCGCGACCCUGCGUCCGCUGCGAGGGAUUUUGUGCAGUGAGGAGGGCGGGGUGGUCGAGAAUCAACUGAGUGGUCCUCUGCGGCCCCACCACGGCGGACUCCACGUGCACCGGGAAGGCAGGGAGCAGCAACGGCAGCAGCGGCGGCCGUCGGACUCCACCGAGGAGGUCGUCGGGCAGAGGACGCACACGAUGACAAGCGAAGGCGACGGCGCUGAGGUUCAUCCGGCCGGUCUGCGCAAGCGCAGGGAGGGCGGCAGCGAUGACGGCGGGGAGGCGGUUCUCUCCGGCCGUCACCUCGCCCGUCAGCAGGCACAGCGUCAGCAGCAACGGCAGCAGCGUCGACCACAACCUCCGCGUCAGCCGCGCUACGUGCACUCUCCCCAUCACCUCGUCACGUCCGAAGAAGAGGACGAGGAGGAAAGAGAGGUGGAGAUGAAAGAAGUAGAAGAGCUGGACGAGUCGGGGACGAACGAGGAGGAUGAGGAGGAAGAGGACGGCGUCUUCAACGACGAUCUGCCGGAGGCGGUGGCCGCGGCCAUGAUGAGCGGCAAGCCAAGUCUGGCCGCCACACUGGAGCAGCUUCUUUCCUCCAAGCUCGCCUUCCACGCGGACGCUGCGUGCGUGCAGCCGUCUGCUGCCACGGGGAUUGAGAAGAGCGUUUUCGGGUCUGGGCCGACCGGCAAAGACGGCCCGCGCCUCAGUUCGGCGUCCACGAUGACGACCACCACGGCAACCAUGGCCGUCUCCGCAGCGCUGCUGAACGCGGACGUCACGCCACAGUGCCCCCUCCGAUACGUUCUGCAGCGCCUUGUCAACAGUGACGCGCCGCUGCUGCUGACGCUGGCGGAGCCGCCCCUCUACGCAACACCGUGCAGCAACGCCGAAGCGCUCCUCCACGACUGCCAGCGCAAUCUUCGCGGCGUGGCCAGUGUGUCGCCGGAUGAGCGCAGCAGCGGUGCCUUCAUCGGCUUCGGUGGAGACACGAAUAACCUCAUCAAUAAUAGCCCCACUAACAACGCUGCUGGUGCUGGUGGUGGGUGGCACGGAGCCAACGAUAUGGAGAGCUACUGGGGCACCCCACCCUCGCAGCGGCGUUCACCUGUCUUGCGUCAACAACGCCCGCAGCUCCCGGCGCUGUGGGGAGACGGGUCGGCUAGCGUGCAGUACGUUGCAGAUGUGAAAGACGCCGUCGAGCACUACCGCCAGAGCAUCGAGGAGGACGCCAGCGGGUACACGGAGCUGCUCGGUUUGCUGUCCUUGACCGGGAACUUCAGUGGUGGCCGAGCGUACGGAGGCGGCGGCGCACGCGCGUCCUUCGCCUCUCAGGCCUCCUCCGCCGUCUUCGGCAGCAGCGGGCUGGACCAUCGAGCCCCGGUCGUCACCCCCGACGCGGCGCGACAGCUGCGGCUGCUCAAAGGGCUCUCCGAUCAGCUGCUCGCGGCGACUGCGGCGUACAACCGCACGCGGCAGUCGAUGGGCACCACCACUGCCGUGACGGCCGCUGCAAACAACCGCCAAGCCCGCGGCAUCGGCCGCAGAAGUCGCGGCACGCCGUGGUCUUCGCUGUCCUCGCCCUCCUUAGCCCCGGCGGUGCUGACCGCCACGGCGAACGACACAAGCGGGACCACCGUUGACCAAGACCGGCACCCCAUGAAAAGCUCCUACCCGUCGCUCCCCGACCCGGCGGCAGCAGCGGAGGCUGGCGGAGGUGUCCGCAGCAGCAGCCGUAAUACGCACCGGCAGGCCUUCCAGCAACUAUCGCGUCCCUUAAUGGUGACCCCAGGCGAGUCGGCGGUGACCCUAGGGGGCAGCGUCCCAUCGCCCCCUCCACCACCACCGUCGUUACAGCAGCAGCAGGGCUCCUGCGACGCCGCAGGAUCACGCCGCAACGAUGCACCGCAUCGCCGGCAGCCCGGUGAGCCGCCCUCGGCGAACAACUCCGGCGACGGCGUCGCCACCCGCAUCUACCGUGAUCCGACGGCCUUCGCCGCACCCAAAUCGAGUCACAGGAGCCGUAGCGAGAAGGGAAAUGCGGAGGUGAACGUUUCGCCUGCUGCUGCUGUAAUGACGGUGGUGGAGGAGGCGUCGAUCACCAGCAACCCACCGCGUGGUGGUACUCGUCCUCGUGCGGGCCACGAGAACGCCAGUGUUCACCCCACUGCCGCCACCACCCCCACAAACACUAGCAGCAAGAGCAAGAACGACAGCAGCAGCGCACCCACGGCGGGGGUGGUGAUGGUGGGGACAGCCGUCGGGCCCAGUGGCACCGACACAUCCCCCUCCAGCAACGCAGGCGCCGCAAAGCGACCUGGUACACGACGCACCAGCGGCACCAAAGAGGGUCAUAGCAGCAGCAGCAACAACAAUAGAGAGGCGAACCCGGCCAUGCCAAGUGCGGUGGGCCCGCCACUGACGGCAGCGUCCGACACCACGCCGGCCGGCUUUGCGGAUCGGCAUCAUUCGGGUCACCCACAGUCCCCAUCGCUCAGCACCCCCCGUGCGGCGACGGUGACCGCGGCGAUGGAGGCCACCCCGCAGACCGACGUCGACUCCCCACCGCCGCGGGUUGCGUCGACGAGCAGCGAGGCGGGCGGUGGGGGUGGGACAGCGAAGAAGGAAGACGCGACGGCGACGGCUCCAGCUGCCUUCCGUCGCUCCGCCACGUCACCGCGCUUCGUCAGCGCUCGCCUGCUGAGUCCGUCCUUGGCUGCGGAUGAAGUCCUGGAGGUGGAGUCAAGCGGCUAUGGCAACGGUCUCGCCUCGAGUGUGCUGGCCAAUGUCGAUGACACACAUGGUGUCACCACGCAGGGCGGCGGCGGCGGCGGAGCGGCAGCAGCAGCCCGCAAGAAGGGCGCGGCUGCAUCGUGGCGACGCUCCACGACAGCGCUGGAGAGCUCCCACGACGCCCUCCCCUCCAGCGUGGGGCUGCUCCCGACGAGUAACAGCGCAUCUCCGGCUGGCGGCAGCGGGGGCGGCAACGGCGGUGGUGGCGGCACGAACUCGUCCUCUCCGCACCCGACCCGUCCAAAGAGCCACAGCGCGGCCUCCGUGACGAACAGCACCACUCCCGCCGGAGGGACCGCAGCGGCGAACACCCGGGGAAGGUCGCACCGCGCGAGCGACGGCGCCGUCUGGGCCGUCUUGGUCUCGCGUGACGAAGCGACGAUCCCGUCAUGCCGCAUCAGUGUCCCGCUUGGCGAAGAGUUCCGCUUGGGCCGCAGCAGCAAGUGCACGGCGGUGGUGUCGGACAGCUUCGUAAGCAGCAUUCAGUUCACCGUCGUGCGCACCGUCUCGGCGGCGACGGGGCAGGAGCUGCACAACACCCCCCGCGGCGGAGAGCGCCCGCGUCGCAGUAAGACCUUCACCGUUACCCUGUACGACCGCAGCGCCAACGGCACCUACGUGAACGUGAAGAAGAUCGGCAAGGAAAAGAACUGCGUCUUGCGCGACAAGGCCCUCAUUACCUUUCGGCUGAGCACCUCACAAUUCUUCCUGGGCUUUGUGUUUAUGCUGACGGAUGAGCGCGGGGUGCCGUUGAAUGACCGGGACGGCACGGCGCUGCGCAGCCUGCUCGACCCGCGCCAGUCUCCGCGCCCGCACACCGGCCGACGUGCUGGUCCCGGCAAGGACAGCGGCGCCAGCAGCCAGAACACGAUCAUGGCCUCGCCGACAACCCACUCCAUCAGCGCCGCGCGUCGGGGCACGCCGCGGCAGCUCUCGACACCCGACAACUCGAGCUUUGCGAGCGGGACGCCGAACGGGUCACGGCGCGGUGGGGCCGGCGGAGGCGGAGGAGCGCCCCGUAGCAGCCGCAACGCCAGCGGUAGUCGCCACCCACACCGUGAGACGAUCGAGUGGAAGAUCGGGGAGGAGAUGCUAGGCAAGGGCGGCAAUGCGGAGGUGUACUUGGGCAUCAACCUCACCAAUGGUCAGCUGAUCGCCGUAAAGCGGGUGCGGCUGCCGACGGUGGCGCACGGCCACGACGCAGAGGAAGACCCGGAGGCGAAGGCUAUUGUACAGCAGUACCGCUCCCUGCAGGAGGAGAUCAACGUGCUGUCCAAGGCGACGCACCCGAACAUCGUGCAGUACUACGGCUCCUCGCAGAACGCCCUGUACUUCAACAUUCUGUUGGAGUUCGUGCCGGGCGGCUCGCUGCGACACCUUCUCGACAACUUCGGCGCCCUCAGCCCCGGGGUGAUUCUGUCCUACCUGCACCAAGCCCUCGACGGUCUCGCCUACCUGCACCGGCACAACAUCGUUCACAGCGACCUCAAAACGGCGAAUAUCCUCAUUACGGAAAAGGGUAAGGUGAAGCUAACGGAUUUUGGCACGGCGCGGCUGCUGAGCCGCCCCCACGCCACCGCCGCGGCGGCCGCGGCAGCCGCCAGAGGCGCCGGUGGCGACACGCACAGCGCUACGUCGCGCGGUACGUCGGCGCAGCGCAACGACGACGUCGCCUCUGGCGGUGCGGGAGGCGGUGGUACGCUGCACGUCGCCGGCACGCUCCGCUGGAUGGACCCGGCGCUCUUCCACAACGCCAACACAAACCCUGAUGGCCAAACGGACGGCGCGUCUAGCACCGGCAACGACGUUGGCAAGCUAGGCGGGCCCACCAAAGCCGGAGAUAUUUGGUCAGUCGGCUGCACGAUGAUUGAGAUGAUGUCCGGCGAGGCGCCGUGGUACGAGUACGACUUCGAGAGCGAGGAGCAGAUUGUGAACCUGUUGACCUACACAGCUGACCCGCCCGAGAUUCCGGAGUGCCCCGAGUGCCCGGACUUGGUGUGGAUGGCGCAGCGGUGCCUGCAGCUCGAUCCCACCCGUCGACCCACCUGUGUCGAGUUAAUUCAGCUGGUGGAGGAGGCUACGGCACGGCUGCAAACACUGCCGAUGAGUCCAUCGGCCAGCCCGUCGCGUGAGGUGUCGCCGCAGCCGCCGGCGACGGGAGGGGCGGCCGCGUCUGGCGUCAACGGUGGUGCGAGUGCACACAAUGGAAGCUUCACCUAUGCCACCCAACCACCACCACAGCAUCAGCAGCCACAGCCACAGCCGCAGCAACAGCAAGGUGUCAGCGGUGCGCAACCCGCGGCGCCGACGGUGGCGGCAACACCGACUUCGGCCACAUCACCCGCCUCAGAGGACCGCCGUCGCAGCGGGCGCGUGGGGGACUCGACAUCCGCCUCGAUGAGCAUCUCGGCGGCGGAUGUCGCCAAUUACGUGCAGAUGUCUUAA